AUGAAUUUAAUAACUAUUUAUUUACUUUCGAUUGUAUUUGCUUUCGAAUUUAAUCCAGAUGAAUAUAAUAUCGAGCCACCGUUGACAGAAGCAAUUCCCCCAAAAGAAGAUCCAUUUUACAUUCCACCGUCAAAUUUAUCGAAGUACCAAAACGGUCAUAUAAUCAAGCUUAGAGAGACUACAAAAUUACGCAACUUGAUAUUUCCCAUUAAAAUUCAAUCGUCUUGGCAAUUCAUGGUGUCUUCACGAAACUCACUUGAUGAUCCAACAGUUGUUAUAGUCUCAUUACUUAUUCCAUUCAAUGCAAACUUUAAGAAAAUUUUAAGUUUUCAAACAUUUGAAGAUAGUCCUAGUUUGAAUUGUGCUCCAAGUUAUGGUUUAUUAAAAGGGAGUAAUCUUAAAGCUACUCCAUUAGAUACAAAUUUCAUUUUAAGUGGUUUAAAAAAUGGCUGGAUUGUAAUUGUACCUGAUUAUGAAUCGAACUUGUCUAGUUUUGGAAUUGGCUUAACUGCUGGAAAAAGUGUAUUAGAUAGUAUAAAAGCUAUUUUAUCAUUACAAUGUUUUCCUCGUUUUCCCCGGGUUGUCCUUUGGGGAUAUUCAGGAGGUGCAUAUGCAAGUGUUUGGGCUGCAUCGAUUUUAUCAAGUUACAGUCCAGAAUUGUCGAAAUAUAUAGUUGGAGUAGCUGCUGGUGGAACCCCUACAAAUUUUACCAAUAUAUUUAUAGACACAGAUGAAACUAUGAAUUCAGCAUUGAUUCCAUUAACAUUAUUGGGAAUUGGGAAUGAGAGACCAGAGUUUAUAGAAUACUUGAGAUCACAAGUGCAAGAUCCAAAGAAAAUGUAUUUGAUAGAACAAAAAUUGUGUUUGAUUGAUGCUAGAUUAAAACUUGCUAAUGUAAAUUAUUUCAAUGAUGGUGUAUUUGAAAGUAUUCAUGUUUUAGAUGGUGUAAGAGAUAUUUUAAAUCAACAAGAUUUAUUGUAUGUUGCUAGGAAAUUUAUUCCAACAAAUAUUCCCAUACUUUUUUAUCAUUAUAUGUUUGAUGAUGAGACUAGGUUCAAUGAUGUGCUUGAAUUAUUUAAGAUUUGGUGCGAAUAUGAUGAUGUAAACAUUCAAUUAAGUGUAGAUACAUUGUCUGGAAGUCAUAUAGGACAAGCUAUAUUAGGUUCACCAUUGGCUUUUUCAUGGUUACGAGAUAGAUUAAACGGGAAAGAAUUGACGAAUGAUAAUUGCGUAUUGAUUGAGAAAAAAUCAAAUUUGAUGUAUCCCGGAGUAACAAAGGGUAUAAUUAAUUUAUUGGGUGGGAUAGGUAAAUCUAUUUUAAAGUUGAAACUAGGUCCAAGAGAAAAGCUAAAGAAAAAAUUGAAGAAAAAAUUAAGUGCAACAGAUAAAGAAAAUGAUGAGUUGGAUCUAGAACAAAUCGAUAAGCUAUUAUUGAAUGAGAAAGAUGCCUUUUAUGCAAAUAUGACCAAUCAAACAAUAUUUGAUUUGGUAAUGAGAUAA